GACAUCUUUCAGCUCAAUCCAGUGCACUCUUUGACAUUAUCUGCAUGCAGUAUGUGUGUAGCAUACAACCCCCCACUUCACGCCGGCAGAAAAUGGGUAGAGAAAUGAGAAGGGGAAAGCUUUUGAAUCAUUCCCCCUCCAAAGUCCAAGGGCCAGUCUCUCGGCAAGGGAUUCCCGUUUUCUUGUCUCUUCUCAAUGAAGAGCAAUUGAAUAUCGCCAUUCCAUUAUCGACCAAUGACAUUCAAUCCACGGACACUUCCCUUUGUUCUUACUUCGGACAUAUGUUGAUAAGAAAAGUAAAAACACAACUCAAGUAAUUUCGACAAUAGAUCACGUCUUUCCGUCGCUGGAUAUCCGGUAGAGGCAGUGCGUAAGUAGAGUAGAUAUCUUUAUACAGGUACACGUAAAUUCAAUACCAACAUAUCAUGGAAAGCUAAUACAGUGGAAGUCGACGGUGGAAGAAUCAGAAAGCCAGAAAGCCAGAAAGCCAGAAAGCCAACCAAGAGUCAUCAUCGUCGGUAUCUCGCACCCCCCAUAGAACGCAAGCAAAAACUAUAUUGUUCGCAAAACAACAUUCUUCUUGGAUGACCCAGAGACAGCAAGCAUUGCUAUUUGCGACCAGCCCGCAUAUUUUAACGGCAUUACUUAUUAUUAUUACUAUUUUGCACACACGCCCGCACAUGCAAAGCUACCUAUCCUUGCUUGCAUUUGCCUCUGCCUCUGCCUUUGCAUUUCCCUUUGAAUCAAGGUACCACGAAUCCAUAUUUCGCCAUUCACCUCGUCCUGCGCCUUCUUCUCCACAUCAGCCAACAUCUUCUCCACACCUCUCUAUUCGUUCAAAUGUAAGAUAUAUAGAUACGUUUUUAAAUGUUUCCCACCCCGCACCCUUCUUUUAAUUCUCAACAACAAGUUUGCAGGUUUAUUGCUUCUACCAAGCCUUCGGUGCAUCAGCCCUCGUCUUCGCGAUUGACAAGAACCUAUUAGAUCCAUCUCCCUCCCCUCUUUUGACCACGGUCAACGACCUCUUCCCAAGAAGUCAUCCAGUCCUUGGAGUUGGGUUUUCAAUCGGAUUCAAACUAUAUCAUUGCCCCUUUUCUUUCUCAUCAACGAGAUCAUUCUGAUCCUUUUUAUUAUGUUUCUUUUAUCUUAAUUUAUAUUUAAUCCCUCCCGGAGAGAAAGCGAAACCAGCCAAUUCCAUCGCAUUGUUCAUACUGUCGAGAAGACACACUUCACGAAGACACUACAAUACAAUUGAAGCAGGUUGGAAGUUCUAGAUCGACAGAAGUACUAGUGAACGAUUACAAGACCGUUAAACCGUCUUGCAGAUACUGCCUUCUCUCAUCGACCAGGCCAAAACCAGAUCUAGCCUUUCCCAGAGAAACUUUAUCCUACUUGCUACUCUCAACACGCUACUCGACUCAACUGGCUCACGAGUUCAAUUAGUAUUAUAUACUAGUGAUUGAACUACCAGCAAAAGCUUUCAAAUUUCAGAAUUCAAAACCAUCAAACUUCCACUCGUCAUUCGCACUUUCCCAACUCUUUCGUGAUUGUCUCAAAGGACAGUGUCAGCUCGCCAGAUUAGCAAUCAUGGCGACCAGCACUUUACCACUUACUCACCCUACAUUAUCAUUGUCUUCUACUUCUCCUAAUAUCUCGAAUCAAUUACACCAUCUUCCUCAUUUUGAAUCAAACUCUGCUUCUGCAGAAUCAAGUCGACCUUCCUCGAUAGAUUCUCGUCAAGUCGAUUCCAUUUCCGAAGAAUACGAGUACGAGACCGGCAGUGAAGCUAUCAAUGAGCCGGUAACUCCCACAGAGUUCCAAAAUCCUCACCAAAACCCCAAAUUACUCACCGGCAGGGAUAUUUCUCAUGAUCUCAUUCGCAAGCUUCCUCCAUCUCCAACUCAGCUUCCUACAGUAGCCAAUACCAUUGCGACUCCUCCACCUCGAUCGAACGAGCAGACACCAUUCUCCUCUCCACAAUCCAUCAGAGGAAACAUAGACCCACCUUCUAUUCCAGGUAUACUUUCGAAAAGACCAACUUUUCCUACAAAAGACUCGGGCUUGAGAGGCAAAGUUUCGAAGUUCUUCAAAAGGUCAAAUUCUCAAAUUGGAACCUCAAGUACAACUAUCUUGAAUGACCAGACCAAUCUUAAAAAUCCGACUACCCUGAAAAAUAACAAUGGUUCCGAUCCAAUGUUAGGCAAAGAGCAUCGGCGUAUGUCGAUUGGACGAGCAUCAACUUCUACUACAGCGCUUACCUCCCGUACGAAUACACCACCUUCACCCAGCACUGCAUCAGAAACUCUAUCGUCGCAGGAAAACUUGUUCUCAAAUAUAAGACCAAACGAGAACCUCAAUAUGUCUAAGAAACAAAGAUCUUCGACGGGUCUAAGCAUGAACCUGAUGAAUGUAUUUCAGAAUCAUGGACCCAAAAUUGUCUUUGAUACAUCGGCAUUAGAAGACCAAUCCAAAGCUCCUCAACGUGCCACAAGCGUUGAUUGGCAUUUUAAUAAUGUCUUUGCAACAGAAGGUGUGCAGCAGAUGUCACGAGAGCCUUGGGCAAUGCCAGCUGAGACUGGAAUUGGUUUGAAAUCAAGACGUAUGAGCAUGAGUCUUCCAGAUGACCUCCUCGUUGAUGUCGUGGAAUUGGAUGAAGAAUAUCAUCAGCAAACUACAUUCAUAGGACGUCGUGGAAAACAGAUCGGUAAAGGUGCUACAGCUCAUGUGAAACUUGUUGUCAAAAAUGGCACAAGCGAUGUAUUCGCAGUGAAAGAAUUCCGCGGUAAGUCUACGACGGAAAAAGAAGAAGACUAUGAAAAGAAGGUCAAAUCAGAAUACUCGAUCGCGAAAGCCGCCCGUCACCCAAACAUUGUACAGACAUUUCGACUUUGUACACAUAACGGUCGGUGGAACCAUGUGAUGGAGUACUGCGAACAAGGAGAUCUAUUCAGUCUUAUCAACCAGAAGUACCUCAACAAGGAGGACCACUUAAAGGAUCGUCAAUGUUUAUUCAAGCAACUUGUUCAAGGCAUUCAGUUUCUUCAUAGCAACGGAAUUGCUCAUCGAGAUAUCAAGCCCGAGAAUUUGUUGAUCACGAAGGAUAGCAAGCUCAAGAUCACCGACUUUGGUGUCUCCGAAGUCUUUGCUGGUAUUCAUCCUGGUUUCAGAGCCGCCAGAGGUGAAUGUGGAAAGGACAUGACUGAAAUCAGACUUUGUGCUCCUGGCAUCUGUGGUAGCCCUCCCUAUAUUGCCCCAGAGGUUCUUGAGAAGCAAGGUGAAUAUGAUCCAAGACCUCUAGAUGUAUGGAGUGCUGCUAUAGUUAUGCUCUGUAUGACCGCCAACGGCUGUCUUUGGGAAAGAGCCAAGCCCAACACUUCCCCCCUAUACGACGAACUUGUACGGGGCUGGGACAAAUGGAAUGGUAAACAUAACGACUGUUCUAUAACAGACUCUGAUUAUCCUCACGUUUCCUUUUUCGACAAGCAUGUUAAUCCACCCGCUCUUCGUCGUAUACUUCUCACAAUGCUUAAUCCCGAUCCUAAACAAAGAGCGACUAUUGCAGAUGUUGCAAAGAAUCGUUGGAUGAAGAACGUUGAGUGCUGUCAGAUUGAUAGUUACGAUGAACCCACCACAAUCAUCGAUGCUAGUAAAUGUUCAGGCUUAGGGAAUAGGAGUUUGAAUAGAGUGGUCGGCCAUAAUCAUUUACCGCCUAAAGAACAUCAUGGGCAUAAAUUGGUUAGGUUACCUGGUAGUACAGAUAUGUAAUGUGGCACUUGUAUGUGCAAAUGAUCCAAUGGAGUUGGGGAGUACUGAGAGACAGAAUGAACGGCCAACGACUCUUGACACUUUAGCUGGAUUACAUGUCAAGGGGGUAGUUGCCAAGCGAAUGUUUAAAGGGAAGAACUGCAAGUUGAGGAGCGGAAGCUGGGUACUCAUUGCACAACUAUACUUCGACGAAUUUCUUAUGUUAUGCGGGGGAUGGGAUGGGUAGUGUCUCGUCGGGAUGUUGUUUUUCACAAACAUACUAAUGAGUCGAUGAUAAUGCGUUUCGAAGAAGCAGUGUUGAGGAUGGUAUAGGGAGGUUGAUCUCAUACGGAAUUGGAGAUUUGAGAUCUGAGAUUCGAUAAUUAUGAAAGAUGGCCGGAGUGGAAUUCUGUCAUUAGCGUGGUAUGUGAUGGAGUGGUUGCGUGUGUAUAUUUUGGUGGCUGAGAUUUUGGUUGCGUGGGUUGGUCUUGUAGCUUGGAUAGGAUGGGUUGAGUUUAUAGAGUGGCGUGGGCUGGAUUCUUUUGGUGGGAGAUUAAGUUUAAGAUUACGAUAGUCGAAGGGAAGGUGGAAGAUACACUAGAAGAGAGCUGAGGUGGUAAAUAAGGGAUGGAUAAUGAAGAAUGGGGAAUCAGAUUGUGCAUAUAUUGCAUUUUACGAGAUGAAGCUAAAUGAAACGGAUUCGGUGCUCAGUCAUUUUCAUACGGGGAACUGAUACUGGGAAAGAAGAGUGCCUUCGUUUGAGAUGGAGGAUAUGGGAGAGAGCAGAGAAGGUCGAAUCAGAUUGAAAUGGAUUGAAUUGAAUUGAACUGAGAGAUACAUUAAGCCCUUUGUUGUGUUGAUUACCUAGAACUAUGUAGAUCGUUGGUGAUCACUGUAUUGAGAGUGAGAAUGAGAAUGGGAAUGAGAGAAGCCGUUAUAUUUACCCAGUUUA